CCUGACAUCCAUUUUUUUUGUUUCGACAGGGAGAGUGGAGGAGCAACAGGGCAGGGAUGCAGAUAUUCGUGAAAACCCUAACGGGUAAGACUAUUACCCUAGAAGUUGAGAGCAGUGAUACAAUCGACAACGUCAAGGCCAAGAUCCAAGACAAAGAAGGAAUCCCACCGGACCAGCAGCGUUUGAUCUUCGCCGGCAAGCAGCUCGAAGAUGGCCGCACUCUUGCCGACUACAAUAUCCAGAAAGAGUCGACAUUACAUCUUGUACUGAGGCUUAGAGGGGGGAUUAUAGAGCCUUCAUUGAUGGCUUUGGCUCGCAAAUACAACCAGGACAAGAUGAUCUGCCGGAAAUGUUAUGCUCGCCUCCAUCCAAGGGCUGUGAACUGCCGGAAAAAGAAGUGUGGCCAUAGCAAUCAGCUGAGGCCAAAGAAGAAGAUCAAGUGAGCACUUUCAGAGUAUUGCCUUUUCUGUGUUGAGGUGGAAUCUGGGCGUCAUUUUCUAGACAAAGCUACUUAUAAUAUGUUGGAACUCCUACUGUUGCAUUUUGCCAAGAUGAGAAUGUUUUAGAUGGAAUGAAUUUAUCAAUUUGAAGGAUUUGGUUGUUCCACUUA